AAAAAGAAAAAAAAAAAAAGACUUGCAUUCAGUCGUUCAGCUUCCCUCUCUCUCUCUUCUUUUUCUUCUGCGCUCACUCUCUAUAUAUGUAUAGUGUGUAUCUGCCUGUUGUUUCCUCCACUGUCUAGUCUGUCCAAUCUUCCGUCGUGCAGCUGAGCUAGACAAUUUAACAAACACCUUCCAAUCCUUUUCCAUUUGACGCUCUCCGGAAACCCCUUCUUCUUUCUCCGACCAUGAUCGUCGGUUCCGGUUAUGCUGCUCCGGCUAAACCCAAAAUCUCUCUUCCUUCCGGCGAUCAUUUGUUUCCCGAUAGAUGCUCCGAAGCACCACCGGCGCCAUGUUAGACCAAGCUUAACCCUAUAAUGUAAUAACAUAUAUCUGGUUCUAUUCUUGAACCACCAAAGAGAAAAGGAAAAAAGAAAAAAAGAAAAAAAAAAAAAACUGGUUAAAGUUUUGGUGCUUUUUUUUUUUUUUUACUAAACGUUUUCUUUUUUUUUUUUUUUUUUUUUUUAACUCCAAUGGCUUCCACAAAUUCAACACCCACCACCACCGACCCACCUCCCUCUGUGGAUGAUAUUGCGGCCAAAGCUUUGAGCAAGCGCUACGAAGGUUUGGUUACUGUUCGAACCAAAGCCAUAAAGGGUAAAGGAGCUUGGUACUGGGUGCAUUUGGAGCCCAUUCUCAUUCGCAAUCCAAACACAAACCUUCCGAAAGCCGUCAAACUCAAGUGCUCUCUAUGCGACGCCGUCUUCUCCGCUUCGAACCCGUCGAGGACUGCUACCGAGCAUUUGAAAAGGGGUACUUGUCCAAAUUUCAGCGCCGUUCUCAGACCCAAUUCGUCGUUUUCGCCAUUACCGAUAUCCUCGUUGCCUUCGCCGUCUUCGCACAAUCACAGAAAGCGAAGCUCUCAAAUGUGCAGUACUCCUCCUACUCCUCACGCUCCUCUCACCACUUCGAAUUCGUUGGAGGUUCAUUCUCUGGCGAUGAUCGAGUCGUCCCGUUACUGCGGCGAACUCGGUUACUCGCCGCCGCCGAACGCCGUUAACACGGUGAGCAACGCCACUGGAUUGUACCAGCACCAUUUGAUGUUGUCGGGUGGGAAAGAUGAUCUGGGUGCGUUGGCUAUGUUGGAAAACAGUGUGAAGAAGUUAAAGAGUCCCAAAGCUUCUCCGAGUCCUGCACUAAGCAAGGAACAGAUUGACUCCGCGCUUGAAUUGCUUGCCGAGUGGUUCUACGAGUCAUGUGGGUCGGUCUCUCUAUCGAGCCUCGAGCACCCAAAGUUCAGGUCCUUCAUCAACCAGGUGGGUUUGCCAGCAAUAUCUCGACGGGAGCUUUCGGGUGCUCGACUUGAUGCUAAGUUUGAAGAGGCCAAAGCAGAGUCGGAAGCUAGGAUUAGAGACGCAAUGUUCUUUCAAGUUGCUUCCAGUGGGUGGAAGAGUAAGAAUUUUUGUGGGUUCCCUUGUGGAGAAGAAAAUCUGGUCAAGUUCACAUUGAAUCUUCCUAACCGGACUAGUGUUUUUCAGAAGGCUGUGUUUACCGGUGGGCCAGUUUCAUCCAAAUAUGCUGAGGAAGUUUUGUGGGAUACCAUUCAAGGUGUGUGUGGGAAUAGCGUGCAGCGCUGUGUGGGAAUUGUUGCAGAUAAAUAUAAGGCCAAGGCAUUAAGGAAUUUGGAGAUUCAGAACCACUGGAUGGUGAAUCUCUCCUGUCAGCUUCAGGGGUUCAUUAGUUUGUUUAAGGAUUUGAACAAAGAGUUUCAGCUCUUCAGGGUUGUCAAUGAGAAUUGCUUAAAAGUUGCCAACUUUGUAAAUACGAAUUCUCAGGUUAGGAAUGUUUUUCUGAAGUACAAAGAACAGGAGCUUGAGUAUGCUGGAUUGCUCCGUGUUCCUUCUCCGAAAUGCGAUACUUCGAAGAACUUUGCACCUGUUUAUGCUAUGUUGGAGGAUGUUUUGAGCUGUUCAAGGAUACUUCAAAUGGUCGUGUUGGAUGAUUCAUGUAAAGCUACGUUCGUGGAGGAUCCAACUGGGAGAGAAGUUGCUGGGAUGAUUCAAACUGAAAGUUUUUGGAAUGAAUUGGAAGCAGUUUAUUCGCUUGUGAAGCUGAUCAGAGGAAUGGCUCAGGAGAUUGAAGCUGAGAGGCCAUUAAUUGGGCAAUGCUUACCUCUUUGGGAGGACUUAAGAGCAAAAGUCAAGGACUGGUGUGUCAAAUUCAGCAUUGCUGAAGGACCUGUCGAGAAAAUAGUUGAAAAGAGAUUCAGAAAAAACUACCACCCCGCUUGGGCGGCCGCAUUUAUCCUUGAUCCACUUUACUUGAUGAGGGAUACAAGUGGGAAAUACCUUCCACCAUUCAAGUGCUUGACGCAUGAGCAGGAAAAGGAUGUGGAUAAACUCAUAACAAGGUUGGUUACCCGGGAAGAAGCUCAUAUUGCAUUAAUGGAGCUCAUGAAAUGGAGAUCAGAAGGACUGGACCCACUUUAUGCUCGAGCAGUUCAGGUUAAACAGCGAGAUCCUGCAACUGGAAAGAUGAAAAUUGCAAACCCACAGAGCAGUAGACUUGUGUGGGAAACUUGCCUAAGUGAGCUUAAAUCCCUGGGGAAGGUUGCUGUUAGGCUUAUUUUCCUUCAGGCAACCUCGUGUGGAUUUAAGUGCAAUUGGUCAUUCAUGAAAUGGUUUUGUGUGCAUAGACACUCAAGGGUAGGUCUGGAAAGGGCUCAGAAGAUGAUAUUCAUAGCAGCUCAUGCGAAGCUUGAAAGACGGGAUCUCUCUAAUGAAGAAGAAAAGGAUGCAGAACUCUUUGCCACUGCGGGUGUCGAGGAUGAAAUGCUCAAUGAGGUCUUUGCCGAUGCACCCUCAGUAAUAGGGUUUGCUUGAGCUGGUUGGGUGGAAGGCAAACCAGAAUUGAGUCACCAGAUGGGUCAACCUCGGAAGAACACAAGAACGAAUCUUUGUAGCUAAAGAAGCACUUCUUGUUGAUUUAAUUCGGCAUAUCUCCUGGUAUGUCUGUUUCUGAAUAUGGAGAGCCCCACCAUGAGGAGUGGAUGUCCAUUUCAGUUUUUUGGUUGUCAUGGUCAACGAAAAGUGAGGUAUGCGGGGCCUUCUUUCUAAUCACUCCUCUUUCUCUAUGUUUUCUUGUAUAGUUAAUAUUUUUCUAAACUUGCAUCGCUUUAAAUAUUAUCGCUUGGCUUAUAUCGCAUCAUCCUUGGUAACUUGUCAUUUAAACAUUCCAAUUCUUGUGACAUUUUUACUCUCUAACUGGGCCCUUCUAUGGACUUUUAAUUUCUAACGUUGAAGAUUGAAGUUUCGCGGAGUUAUCAAUUAGGCUUGUUAUAAUUGCUAAAAAGCCUUGAGCAAAGCAGAAGCAAGGAGGGUUGUCGGCAUGAGGAGCCACAUAAAAAGACUGAAGGGGAUAUUGCAACAAAUUUGAACUGAUUCUGCAUGUACAUUUCAAUGGGCAAGUUGACUAUAAGUAGCAAGUUGUUGGUUCUUGUGAUGGUGGUAUUAUUUAAUAUUCUGUUUAAUUUUUUUGUACAUACAUAAUCGCAUGACUGCUUUUUUGCCGUCUGGCUCAUUAAAAAUCAUUUCCCUACUGUGAGGUUGAAACUGAGGAACUAAAACACUAAUGUUUGACAUGUUAUAAAUGUUAAUGCAAAAAUGUUUCUUUUCCUCAGGCUUGGAACUGAUUGUAUAGGGUAUUAAGGUUGUAAUGAACGUGACACAGUAUGUGCACCUUUUCCAUUCUGGGAGGUCUAAUGAAUUCUUGAUCGGUAAGGUUUCUGAUGCCAGACAGAAGAAGCAAUAAAACUCAGUAACCCUGUUUUUCUUAAUUUAUGACCAAACAAAGUGUCAAUUACAAUUGGAGAAAAGAGGGUGAGAUGUGGGAGAUACAGUAUGCUGACCAACAUAGCGUAUGAUUUAUUGGUUGCCCUUAUUUUAAAUUCUUCAAAUGGCAAAACAGUGCUCGAAGUUUGGUAGUGGUAUCAUACUGUUAUAGCUUUAGAUGCAAUCUCAUAAUAGGGAUGUUUUUAUAAUCUAUACCCAAUCAUAUCUUCUUAUCAUAGAAACCGAAUAAAGCUUUUUCACUCUCACUCGUCUCACUUUCUCAUUAGGGCUUUAGAAUUUACCCACCUACCAUAGUGUCAUCUAUUGCACUAAACUGUGAGAACAUGUCUCACAUGAUAUGUAUAUGUGACAAAAAUAUGAUAAUAUAAUAUAUACAUACAGAAUAUUUUAUA